GUUCAGGUACCUCUGCUUCCCUGGACCUGUUUGCAGAGGAUCAAAAUCUCCCCUUAUUUCAUUUUACCACGUGGAUUAUUUAAUUAUUUUUUGCUGCUGACGAAUUGUUGCAGGAGCAGCAACGAAGAACAAAUCUGACGGCCACCGACAGCCCUGAUUCUCUGUCUCUCUCUCUCUCCCUCCACAAAUCAUGCCUUCGGAGUAAAGAGAGACGAAGCCCUAGGGUUCGAAUUUGAUAGCAAUUUCAUUUCGCAGAAGCACCGGAUGAUCAGGAUUUUGGCCUCAAGGUUCAUAGAUUUGACGACACUUUUGAUUUGGUUAAUGUUUUGUGAAUCUUCAAUUGUUAUUCGUAAAUUUAGAGAGAAGACAACGAUUGAAUUUCUCUGUUUUCUUUGUUUCUUCGAUUAGAGCCAUGAUUGAUGAUCGGUUGUUUGACGAUUCUGUUUUUAGAGAAUAAGAUUCUAGCUCGAGUUUUAGCUCUGUUCCUUCGAGUUUCGUUGAGAUUUUGAUCUGCUGAUGGUCAUUGAUGUUUGAUUUAUGAGAAAAGAUCAACUCUUGGGUUUCUCUGGACUUCUACAUUUGUUUUUCCACAGUUUUUUUUGUUUUUGACUUUUCCUCUUUUCAUUCGUACCGUCUUAUAUUGACUGACGCUAUUUCUGUUGAAGGCGCGUUUUCUUAUGUGGGAAAAUACGGGUGAAAGAUACUUGUUUUUCUGGGUACGGAUUCAUGCAUUCAUGUACCGUGUGCUUGAAAACUGCUUUUGAUUCAUUGAAUUCGGAGUAUGUUUGAGGACUGUAAUUACCAAUACCGUGUGUUCCAAGACUCAGUUGUAUCUCGGAUACCAUUAUUAACCCCCUCCCCUUUACCCUUUUCCUGUCAAAAAAGGAGACGAAUAAUGAACAUAUAUUUGUAAAGCUUGAUCUGCUUAUAUUAACCGUGACAAGAAAAUUGUGGCAAAACGACUAAUCAAGUCACCUAAAUCAGCUACUCAUUCAUGGCCAUAUAGGAACUGUUCGCAUUUUUUUUCUGCGAGUCAUUGGCCUGAAAUUUUUCUUUUGUUGUCAAUUUGGAUGAUUUCCUGGUGAAAAUAUGGCUGUGGGGUUUACUAAUCUUUCUCGGUGGCUGUGGAGUGGGAAACACCCAGAGCCCAAAAUCUCCAAUGGGUCUUCUUUAAAUUCCUCUGCUGAAACGGGCUUAUGGGAUCUGGAUACUUUGAAAUUUCCUCUGGUCAAGAGAGGCAAUGUGCCCCCGUCAACUAGAAGGAUUAAGCGGAAAUGGCAGAGUCGUGAAGACCGGAAAAUUGACAGGGAAUAUGAUGUUGUUGUCGUACCCUCUGAUGGUGAGUGUAUAUCGGGGUCUGAAUCUGACGAUUCAGAUUGGUCAAUUGGAUGGUUGGAGCCUCAUGGACCUGGAUUCCAGAGUGAUGAUGAAAUGGAUAGCAGUUUUGCUGUGCUAGUUCCGUGCUAUGGGCAUAGUCGGAAGGAUUUGGUGGAGGACUCGAAGAACAACAUUUUAAAUGCCAUUGGGUUUAUCCCAGAUAGUUAUCCUGCUGAGAGCAAAAGGUAUUUAGAGCACUGGCUCUCUUCUUUUCAGCGUAGCUCAAGCCAGGAGUUCUGAUGGUCACACAUUGGUCUUUGCCAUGCUUCUACUGCUUCAUCUUAUGCAAGAACCUGUUCUGCUGUUCUUACUAAUUUGAAAAAUGUAAAAUAUAUGUAAAUAUGUAUACAAAAUUAAACAAAAACAUAAAACAAAGAAAAGAACAAGGUAGGGGAAAUGGGGAGACAUGCUUAGUUGAAUGCUUCUAGCUGAAGACAGUCACCUUAAGCUGUGGUUAAAGCUAAGGACUAGAGGAGGAGCAGGGUUUGGAGGAGGAAAGAUUUAUGAUGAUCUUAGUGCUCUGCUAAGAGGCCUCGGGCUAAUAUGAAGUUGGUGUGGACAAUUAACCUCUGUGGUUCUGUUCUUUACCGUUUUGUCAUCUGGAAUUUCGAAUUUUACUGUGUCAUGUAAAUAUUUAUAGGAGUUGAGUGAGAAAAUCUAUUAAACAGGGGGAGAAAAAAAAGGGGCAUAAGUGGGUGUGUGCAAAUUCUUUGAUGUAAAUAUGGUUGUACAUAUGAAGCUCAGGUCACUGCUGAACCUUAUUGUCAUUGUGAAUAAUAGUUUCUUUGUAAAUAGCAUAAAGUGAGUAAUAGCGUCUUUGUAAAUAACCUAAAA